AUGUCAAACCAGUGUAAAUCAGCCUUCUUUCCCUUACCCUAUAUGCUGGAAUCACGACGAUACAGCGAACCAGCACCGCCGCCGGCUCAUUUCCUCUCUCAGCGUCGUCGGAGCAAAGAAGUUUCCGGACAAGUCACAUAUUUAUGGGAGUUCCUGCUUCGUCUGCUUCAAGACAAGGAAUACUGCCCAAAAUUCAUAAAGUGGAUCGAUCAGUCCAAGGGCGUUUUCAAGCUUGUUGACUCGAAGGCCGUCUCACGACUUUGGGGAAUGCAUAAAAACAAACCCGGCAUGAACUACGAGACGAUGGGAAGAGCCUUACGGUAUUACUACCAACGCGGCAUUUUGCAAAAAGUCGAUGGCCAACGUCUUGUCUAUCAGUUCGUCGAUGUGCCCAAAGAAGCACUACAGGCACCCGGAUCGGAAGCAUUCGAAGAUCCCGACAGUCCGACUGCGCUUAGCGAAGAGAUUCAUAUAAAUUCUCCGACGAACACCACGCUUCUGAAAGAGGCAAAAGUUGAGCAAGUC